AACCACUCACACUACACCACAGCCAUCAUCAACAUGGAACCAACUCAAGCUACCACUGCUACCACUCAUCCUUACACCUGUUUAGCUUGUUCUUUAGCUUUCACCACUCCUAAUGCUCAACGAACUCAUUAUACAACUGACUUACAUCGUUACAAUGCUAAAAGAAGAAUUGUGGGAUUAGAUCCACUUGACUCGACGAGCUUUGAUUCGAAAUUACUUAAUAUUCAACCAUCAUCUGCUACAUCAAAUCCAAUCAAACCAACCGAUAACUCUAAUCAUGAUUCACUUCGUUGUGAACCUUGUAAUAAGUCUUUUGCCACUCUUGGUGCUCAAUCAAGUCAUCUCGUUAGCAAAAAACACAAGACUUUAGUAGCCAACACCAAAACUCAAAACAUCAAACCUACGACCAAUGAACCUAAACCAAUGCAAACUGAACCUUUACCGAAUACUUCGUCAAGUCAAGAGCCAGAAAGUCAUGAUCAAAACCAAGACUCUAACAUUGAAAGUUUAAUUGCGACUAGAUUAAAUCGAGCACCUAGGAUUCCUCAAACCGAAUGUCUUUUCUGUGCACGUCGAACAAGUUUCGAUAGCAUUGAACUUAACCUUGAUCAUAUGCUCAAAGAACACGGUUUCUUUAUUCCCGAAACUCAGUUCUUGACUAAUCGAUCCGGUCUCUUUGAUGCGAUUGCUGAAAGGAUCAGUGUUUGGAAUGUUUGUUUGUAUUGUACUGCUGGAUUUGGUGGAACGUUGAGUGGUGAAGAUCAAUCGAGUGAUCGUCAAGAAGAAUUGGCUAGACUUGGACUCGAACGUGUACGUAAACACAUGUGUGAUAAGAACCAUUGUAAAAUGGCUUGGGAUAAUCAAGAAGAUCGAUUAGAAUACUCUGAUUUCUACGAUUAUCGAUCUACCCAUGAAGAUUCAAAGAAGAAAGCAACUGAUGGUGAAUGGGAAGAUAUGUCAUCAUCAAGUGAGAAUGGAGACCAAGUCGACAUGCAAAUUGAUUCUACCAGCGAUGAUGAAUUACCUCCGACCACCAACUUUGGUGAUUCACCAUUUGAGAUCGUCUUACCUAACGGUACCCGUCUAGGUCAUCGUACCCUUCGAAACAUUUAUAAACAAAACUUAUUACCUUAUGCUAUAGGUGGAAGUCAAUCUAAUCAGAAAGUUAGCAAUAAUAUGAAGAUGAUCACUAGAUUAGCUAGACUUUCGCUUAUUCCUGCUAAUGGUGGAGGUGCCAAUAAUGAUCGUCAACUUAUCAAGGCUCGUAAUCCCGGUGAAGCACGUGAAGCUGGUCGUCAUAUCCGAGAGUUUAGAGACGCUCAACGUCGUGAACAUUUCAAGACUCGGGUUGGUUGUACGAGUGGUAACAAUCAAAAACAUUACCGAGAUCCACUCUUACAAUGAGAGGAAUGCAACGAUGGAGGAAACAGACAAUACUUGGCAACUACAUUUAUUAUCAUUUUUGAGUUAGCAGUCUUCUAUGUAACCUUGAAGUCCAGCUCUUCGAUCUCGCAUGCAAUUCUGAAAUACAUAGUCAGAUCGAG